GCACCGCGCUCACAUGACCUGAAAGCGACAGAUACAUGUUGUGACUGUUGUCGUGAGCGGCGGCGGGACGAGUGGAUCCUUUUCUCUUCCGGUGUCCUGUGUGUUUUCUGUUGUUGUCGAUUUCAAUUUUCGAGACGAGUCUCUUCGCUCGCUGUUUCCGGACAAAGACGAAGAAGACUCGAGGAUCGUCCGACAUGGGAGAGGUCGCACUCUGCUUCUUUCUCUGCGCUCUUCUCUUCCGCUUCUGCGUUUCCAUCAACCACAGACCCAACGAGAUUGUCCCUCUGCUGGUGGAGGAGACCCUGCUGUGGGUGAGCGGCCAGGGGCAUGUGAGCACCUACAGGAUCCCGCUGAUCACCUACACCCCCAGGGGAAGCCUGCUGGCUUUCGCCGAGGCCAGGAAAGAGUCAGUCCGUGACUUUGGAUCAAAGUUCAUCGCAAUGCGGCGGUCCACAGACAGAGGAAUCACCUGGUCUCCGACCUCCUUUAUUGUCGACGACGUGGGGAACCCAGACGGCCUGAACCUGGGCUCCGUGGUGGUGGACGAGGUGGCGCGCAAAGUGAUUCUGAUCUACAGCCUCUGCUUCCACCUCUUCCACUGCAGCCCAGCCAGCACCAUGCUGGUGGAGAGCAGGGACGACGGCCUCAGCUGGAGCGCUCCCAGGAACCUCUCGGUGCAGCUCGGGGUCAAGAACUUUGCUCCCGGGCCGGGCUAUGGCAUCCAGAAGCGUUACAACCCGGGGAUAGAGAGGUUGGUGGUGUGCGGUCAUGGAACUAUAGAGGGGGACGGCGUUUUCUGCAUCUUGAGCGACGACCACGGGCAAAACUGGCGCAACGGUGCAGCGCUGAAAAGCAUCCCCUACAACCAGGAGAAGAGACAAAAUGACUUCAACCCCGACGAGUGCCAGCCGGUUGAAAUGCCGGACGGCAGCAUCCUCAUCAAUGUGCGCAACCAGUACAACUACCACUGCAGGUGUCGCAUCGUGACGCGCAGUUACGACGGGGGGAUGACCCUGCCCAUAGAUCAUCUGUUCUUCGACUACGAGCUGGUGGAUCCCGUGGUAGCAGCUGGAGCCCUGCAAAAAGAUGGAUUGCUGUACUUCACCAACCCCUCCAACGAGCAACACAGAGUCAACCUAACCUUGCGAUGGUCGCUGACCAGUGGCAAGUCUUGGGAGAGUAAAGCUCUCCAGAUAUGGGCGGGGGCGAGCGGCUACUCCAGCAUGACGUCGCUGGACACCAGCUCUGUGGAGGACCAGAAGCACAUCUACAUCAUCUACGAGAAGGGCAACAAGGACAUUGACGAGACUAUCUCAUUCGCCAAGAUCCACCUGUACGGUGGCCUGUAGGGGCUUGUGAAUCGAGGAGGUAAGGUCAUAAGCAUCAGCAGACGAGGACGAAGGACAAUACAUGAAGACCAAAUCGGAAAAAGCAACUGAGCGUGACUGCUGUUUAAAUUUCACCUUGUCUUUGUCUCCUAAAAAUUCCAACACUGAAGAGAGAAGGAAACAGGAAGAGGUUCUUUGCUCCGAUGAGUCUUUCAGGAACAAAAUAAAAGACUUUAAUAACUCAUAUGAAAUCGAACACGGGGAAUUUGGAGCCUUUUCACCAUGAAUGUCCAACAGUUUGUGUUCGGCUGAUGAUGAAGAUAUCUGAAAAUACAUAGUCUUCAUCUGUACUCUAAAAUUCUUAAGGUUCAUGAAGUGAACAAAAGUGUUUUGUCAGGUGUGGGUUUUUUGCUAAAACUUCACACAGCCACGUUAUUUGUUCUGUUCCCCCUUCAUAGACAAGAGGAGAUAUGAUAAAGGGAUAAAAAAAUAAAUAAUAAUAAUGUCUAAGAUUUUCUUUUUUUACAGGCGAGGAACAGUGGUUUCCGAGCAAUUCAAACAAUGCUGUUAUGUAAAUAUUGUCUCAUCGCAUCAGUUUCCCAUGCAGUAAGAGUAAAAACCUGACUGUUGGAGCUUCACUCUAAUAAAAUUAAAAAAGACGUUAAUCUAAUAUAGAUUUGAAUCGCCUCUGGUUUAGAUCAUCUAUCACUUAUUCAGUAUCGCUGUGCACUUGGCCCUGGUGUGAAAACAUUUCCUAUUUGCUCACAUAAUACAGUUUUAUACUUUGGUGGCCAACGUUCAAAUCUUACAUGAACGUUGGCCACCAAAGUCAUGUGAAUACCACUUUUGAAUGUUUUGCCUUUGUUAAGAUGUGAGCGUGCCAUGAAUUCAUGCUGUCUGUAAUCAAUUCUGCCUUUAAAAAAAUAUGUUAAUUGACUUUUGUGGUUAAGACUGCACUUGAAUACUAUUUCCAUUUGGGGCUCGAGUGGUAAAAAUGAGAUGUACUUGAGUGUGUGAGUGAUUGAAUGUGAGAUUGAAGAGGGAAAGUACAGGAUCCUCUUUUGCACGGGUACAGAAUGUGUUUUGAUAAUUUUUUGAAAUCAGCCUUGUGUCAUUGAUGCUUUUGGUUAAAGGAAUCUAACCAUUGUAAUGAGCAGUAAAUGCACAAUAAAAAAAUCACAGCAACA